AUGGCCACCAAAGAGCCAAAAGAGAAAUGGGGGGAGUAUUCCACCAGCGUUGUGCGCCUCACUUUUCUGCCCGACCACCGCGAUAAAUUAGGCGUCUCUGAACAAUGGUACCAGGUCAUGGACUCGCUUAAACACCAGCCUAAUUUCGCCUAUGUUUCCAAGGGAGAAUCAAUCAAUGACGAACUUGAUAUCAUCUUGUUCAUUGCCUGGGGUGGUACUGCAAAACCGUCAGCCUCUUUUCUCUCGGGAAAUCUCGAUUGCAUUUUCUCACCCCUUGACACCUUUGUCGUCAAGCAGCCUCAACUGAUGUGUAACCUCUCUUUUAAUGGGUGGGGUAACAGCCAGUCUUGGUCAUGGGACACCAGCGAAAUGGGGUUUGACCACAUAUCGGAGUUUAUGAUAAUUCGCGGACCGGCUCAGGCAACCGAGCUAGCUCUGAAGGAAAUCAAGCUGAAAAUCGCAUGUUAUAAUGACGCGCGGCACCUUGCAAUAGACUGUUGCGGCUAUGCUUGCCAUGAUUGGCUUUUAAUGCACGCGUUUUUCGCCCGCGUGGAGGAAGAUUGGGAGAAACGUCCCGAUGCAGCCAGCUUCCUCCUUGAUAUAGCCUGGAGGGGCCGGGACGAACGCCGUGAAUACCAAGAUCCUACCAUACCUGAUCGCACGCUACCUCCUGAGACAGAACGUUGUUUCCCAAGCGAUUUCUGGCAAAAAACGGUCGUCGAACGACUAGAGAGUGUGGGCGCCACCACUUCAUCAUGGACUUACCACAAGGCAGAGGCUGUCCGUGAUAGGGAGGGAUACGAGACAAAGCAGACAAAGCAGACAAAGCAGACAAAGCAGACAAAGCAGACAAAGCAGACAAAGCAGACAAAGCAGACAAAGCAGACAAAGCAGACAAAGCAGACAAAGCAGAAGAAGAAGAAGAAGAAGAAGAAGAAGAAGAAGAAGAAGAAGAAGAAGAAGAAGAAGAAGAAGAAGAAGAAGAAGGGCAAGGGCAAGUAG